AGAAUAAUGACAUAGAACUAUUUAUUUGCCCAGCAUUUUUAAACAGAACACUAUUGUACUCAAAACCAGUUGAACACACAGUGGUAAUAUUUCAUGAUAAAGAAACAAAGCUAAAUGGAAAGUUAAUUAAUGCAUUUAGAAAAGCAGUAGCAACAUGGUAUUGCCGGAUAAACCAAGUGAAGAGACAAUAUAAUAAUUGGACAAUUAAAUAUAUUGAAGGAAAAUCAGUUCAAGACUACAAUGAAGAAAUUUGUAAGCAUAUUUAUUGUCUCAUUAAUAAAGGAGAAUCAAAAGAAAAUUUCAAACGUAUCAUGCUAAAAACAUGUUGCAAGACUGCAGAAAUAUAUGACAUAAACUUAAUAUAUUUGGAAAAUGACAAGAGAAAAGAAAUUGAAGAUACAUUGUAUGAAAUUAAUGAAGAUGAUGCUGCAGAGAGCAAACGUAUGAAUGACUUAUCAAAAAUUGGUACAAAAGACCCAAAAUACUUGAUGCCGGAUUAUAUUAACUCACCGGACUGUGGCAAUGAUGAUGAUGAUGAUUUGUUCACACUUUCAACAAAAUGGGGAAAAGAAUAUUUCACUACACACUAUCCAUCAUUUGACCGUUCUAAAAGUGACAGAGACUGCCUGUUUGAAAGAGACUUCAUUCGAGAAACAGUGAAGAAAAUGGAACCCACAUUGAGACAAAUAUAUAGUGGUGAAUGCAUCA